GUUUCGGAUCCUCCUGGGAGAGGGGGGAGGAGCUCUGUGCCAGAGCUCUGCCUUUUGAGGACUUGGCUUUUCCCAAAGAAGAGGAGAGGUGGAAAGGACAGAAUGACCUCUGGGCUCCUAACAGCCAGGGCUGACCAGGGGUCAGUGACCUUCCAGGACGUGGCCGUGGACUUCACGUGGGAGGAGUGGGGGCACCUGGGCCCUGCCCAGAAGGAGCUGUACCGGGAGGUGAUGCUGGAGAACUACGGGAACCUGGUGUGCCUGGGGCUUGCCGUUUCUAGUCCAGAUGUCGUCUGCCAGCUGGAGAGAGGGGAAGGACCUUGGAUGCCCGAGGGAGACGUCCCAGGAAGCAGCUGUGCAGGUUGGGAGACCAAGUUUUCAGCUCCAAAACUGGGCAUUGCUUUUAAAGAAUCAUCUCAGGAAACACUAACAAGGGUUGAUAUAUGUGUCUCCAAGUUAGAAGAAGCCUGGAAACUUAAAGACAAUUUAGAAACUCUUCAGAGCAAUAAGGAAAAGAGUAUCCAUAAAUAUGAUACCUAUAGAAAAGGCCAGUAUAAUGAAUGUGGGAAACCCUUCACCUGUAAUUCAGGGCUUAUGGAGUAUCAGACAAUUCAUAUUAGUGAGAAGCCUUAUGAAUGUCAUGAAUGUGGAAAGGCCUUCAAUCAGAAAGCAGAACUUAGACAACAUCAGAGAAUUCAUACUGGAGAGAAACCUCAUGAAUGCAAUGAAUGUGGCAAGGCCUUCCGCCGUAGUUCACAGCUUACUGAACAUCAGAGAAUUCAUACUGGAGAGAAACCUUAUGAAUGUCAUGAAUGUGGCAAAGCAUUCCGACAGAGGUCAAAACUUACUCGACAUCAGAGAAUUCACACUGGAGAGAAAACUCAUGUUUGUAAUGAAUGUGGGAAAGCCUUCCACCAGAGCUCAGCACUUAUUCAACAUCAAACAGUUCAUACUGGAGAAAAACCUUAUGAGUGUCAGGAAUGUGGGAAGGCUUUCAGCCUAAGCACACGAUUUAUUGUACACCAGCGAAUUCAUACUGGAGAGAAACCUUAUGAAUGUCAUGAAUGUGGAAAAGCCUUCCACCAGAGAACAGGACUUACUGAACAUCAGCGAAUUCAUACUGGAGAGAGAGCUUAUGAAUGUAACAAAUGUGGGAAGACUUUCUGCCAGAGAACAGGACUUACCCAACAUCAGAGAAUUCAUACUGGAGAGAAACCUUAUGAAUGUAAGGAAUGUGGAAAGGCCUUCUGCCAGAAAACAAGGCUUACUCAGCAUCAAAGGAUUCAUACUGGGGAGAAACCGUUUGAAUGUAAGGAAUGUGGGAAGGCCUUUCGAGUAAGAACACUGCUUACUCAACAUCAGAUAAUUCAUACUGGAGAGAAACCUUUUGAAUGUAAGGAAUGUGGGAAGGCCUUUCGCCUGAGCACAGGGCUUAGUGAACAUCAGAGAAUUCAUACUGGAGAGAAACCUUAUGAAUGUAAUGAGUGUGGGAAGGCUUUCCGGUGGAGUGCAGGACUUAGUCGACAUCAAACAAUUCAUACUGGAGAGAAACCUUUUGAAUGUAGUGAAUGUGGGAAGGCCUUUCGCCUGAGCACAGCACUGACAGAACAUCAGAGAAUUCACACUGGAGAGAAGCCUUUUGAGUGUAAUGAAUGUGGGAAGGCCUUCCGUCUGAGCAUAGGACUUACUGAACAUCAGAGAAAUCAUACUGGAGAAAAACCAUAUGAAUGUAGUGAAUGUGGAAAGGCCUUCAGCCAGAGUACACAGCUUAAUAGACAUCAGAGAAUUCAUACUGGAGAGAAACCAUAUGAAUGCAAUGAAUGUGGGAAGGCCUUUUGCCAAAGAGCAAACCUCACACAACAUCAGACAGUUCACACUGGUGAGAAGCCUUAUGAAUGUAACGAAUGUGGGAAGGCUUUUAGCCAAAGCACAGCACUUACUGGACAUCUGAGAAUUCAUACUGGAGAGAAACCUUACGAAUGCAAUGAAUGUGGGAAGGCCUUCCGUUUGAGGACAGGACUUACUGAACAUCAGAGAAUUCAUACUGGACAAAAACCAUAUGCAUGUAAUGAAUGUGGAAAGGCUUUCCGUCUGAGCAAACAGCUUACUCAACAUUACAGAAUUCACACUGGAGACAGGCUUUACGAAGGUAGAGCCUUUUGAAAGAAAUGAGUUUGAGAUUUUUAGCCAGAGUGCAUUUUUUUUUUCAGAAAGUAGAAAUUCCAACCUAAGGGAAACCCUGUAGACAAAUCAAAUUCCCUUCUAAUUUCAUACAACAGCUGUUUCAAUCCUUUUCCUCUCUGUUCAAGUCCCCAAUCACCACCCUCCCCUAACCUCCAUGUUUGCAGCAGAUGAUUCACUACUAAUUUACCAAGAACUUUGUUCCAUUCUGAAAGCAGCUCACUGCCCUUUUCCCUUAUAAUCACAGAAGUCACCCUGUUCCUUCCUGAUUGCUCUUUUGUGCCCAUCAUCCCAUUCAUUCUUAAUUCUCUCCAAUUUCAAGUCAUUGACAAGUCUUGUCGAUUUUAUCACUACAACAUGUCUAACAUCUGAUCCUCCUCUCUGCUUGCAUAGUUCACACCCUUAUCAUCCUUUACCUUAACUAUUGCAAUAGCUUCCUGGUUAAUCUCCUUGCUUCCAAUUUCUCUAUGCUCUGAUCUAUUCCCUACCUAGUUUCCAAUAUACCCACCCAGAAGCACAGGCCUUUCUAGGUCAUUCCCCCACUCAAGAAUCUUCAGUGGCUCCUGUUUGGCUCUAGUGCAAAAUACAAACUUCUCUGCUGUUUGGAGUUUCUCCUAUGCCAACUUUAACUGCCUUUCUAGUGUUACUUCACAUUGCUUCCCUUCACGCAUUCUGAUGUUCCAAAUUUUUGUUUUGUUUUGUUGUUCAGUCAUGUCUGACUUUGCAAAUAAGUAUAUGUGACCCAGAGUCAGAACUCUGAGCUUACAGAGUAAAUCUUUGGAGUUUUUCAUUAAUUAAAUACUCUCUAUGGCUCAAGCUUGGACCCACAGUCUUCUCAGGAAUAUAAGAAUCUGGUUCCUUUCAGCUCUUUCCUACGGGCAUUUAAUAAUGCAGAUUUUGUCUUCAGCUUGCUGCCCCCAUUACAAUUGGCCCUCUACCUCCUUUCUCCAGGAAACAUUUUUUUCUUCUUGAGUUCCUUCCUCCCAGCCCCACCAACAAAUCCCAUCCAGCUCACUGCUUUCUUCUCUUUAUCCUGUAUCUCCAGUGACUUGAUUUAGCUUGCUUAACUCUGCUUAUUUGUUUUUCAGAAGUAGGGUGGGGAGUUAAUGGGAACUGACAACUAUGUUAAAAAAAAUUAAUAAAGCAUUGAAAAAUUAAAAAAAAAAGAUCCCUGGGGAACACCGUUGAAAACCUCCUGUUGAUUUGCCAUGUACUCCUUAAUUACCAGUCUGACCAUUGACCCAGUUCUGAAUUCAUCUAAUGUAUUGUUGUCCAGUCCA